UUUAAAUUCCUAACGGUUAUCACCAACAGAAGGCGAGGGUGUUUCAAAUGCACAUUAACUUACUCGACCUCCCUGAAGUUGCAUGCUUUUACUGAAGACUUGAAAUCUGCCAGUUUCAUCUGUUAUUUUGAGGAUGAGCUCUGUUGAUGUGAAUGAUGAGAACCGUGGGGUCUGCCCUGGAGGAAAGCACAACACCUCAAUUAACGAUAUUUUUGCCCUGGAUCAGCCAACUGGAAGGCCCUCCAUCCUGCGUCAGACAGAGAACUUGCCCAGCAAGACUGUGCCAAAAGGGGCGAAGGUUUGUUUUCAGACUCCAAGAAGAGACCCCGUGACUAAAAGAAUCCUGUCUCCCUCAAAGUCUUUCAAGAUGACAAGUAUGGACGAAUGUACAAAAGCAAUGGAGUGCUUAAAUUUGGAUAAAACAAACACUUUGCCACAAGAUACCCUUGAGAAAUCUGAUGGGCCCAAACAAGAACUGUCAUCCUAUCCUGAUGACGAAAUGCCAAUACAAAGCAAAGGCUACCAGUUGGAUUUUGACAACCUUGACGCUAUUAAUCCAUUUCAGGGAUCUAAUAAGAUGGUUCUCUCUCCACCAAGGUCUGCUGUUGAAAACCCUACCACAGAUCAAAAUGAGUCUCAAAAUGGAAAACAAGAGAAUAUCUUGGAAGAGCCCACCAAAGUAGAAUCAGCACUCGAUGAGACACUUCCCUUCACCCCCUCCGUGGAAAACUCACUGGCUGACAUCUCUGCCGACAUCAGCUCCACAGAGAGCAGUGUGGUCACAGUGGUGAAGGUGCCCGCAGUCGAGGAACUGGAUUCAUGCACUGCCACACCUGAUGAGAAACAACCAGCUAAAAUGUCCUCAAGUGUUGAUCAAGACAAAGCUUCAGGCAGUUUUGUGGAAGAAACUCCACUGCCACCUAAAAGUUCCUAUAACUUUGAUUUUGACAACAUUGAUGCAAUUAAUCCUUUCCAAACCGGUGGGUCUAAAAUCCAGAAUUCCCCUGUCCUCGGGAGAAAGGUACCGGAUGAUAACCCACCUACUGAGAAGACGCAGAUUAAGGAAAAUAAAUCUGCAGAUAUUGUUGACGUACCUCAGGUGGCCCAAGAGACACCUGUUCAGCCUGAGGUGAAACCCAAAGAUGCAGUGGCCCUGAUUUCCUCUGAUGCUAACCCUCCAGCAGCUGAAUCCAUGCCCCAGCCAGCUGCUUCCCCAAACAAGGAAGGUCCAAUCAAACUCGAGUUCAAUUUUGAUGAUGGGAAUGAGGUUAAACGGAAACCACCACCUAAGAAAUUUGGCAAAAGGCCACCUUCAAAAUCCAAAGAGGGAAAGCCAGCAUCUGACAUCAAAACACAGAAAGAAAUUCCAGAGAAGCCUGUUGCUAGCGAUGUUGCUAACGUUAUGGCUCCCAAAGGGUCUUACUCAUUUGACAUUGAAAAGUUUGAUGACGUAAACGUCAAUCCCUUCGGCACAAAGUCAGUCAUAAACAACUCUCCGAAAUCCAGCAAGAAAUCUGGCCCUGUGCCCAUGGAAACUGCUACUCUAAAGCAAACGGAUACGCCUGUGGAGAAGGAAGCUACAUCAUGUGCUGAGGAGAGCAUGCCAAUUGCUGAAUCCAACACUGGAACUAAUGCUGAACACAAGGCUGCGCCUGACCAUGACAAGGGAUUUCAACCUGAACCUGUACAACCUGUGCAGAGUCUUCCUGAACCUGAGCAGACGUCUCAGCCUGGUCUGUCAGAAUUCAAUGAGGAGUUUGUUCCUGGAACUAUGUUCAUGGCCAAUGACUUUGACGGACAAAUCGACUACCUUGAACAGUUUGGGUCCUGCAAUUUCAAGGAGUCAGCACUGAGGAAGCAAUCCCUGUACCUUAAAUUUGACCCCCUUCUGAGAGAGAGCCCGAAGAAAUCCGCAGGCCCAGCUGUUCAGAACCUCGUCGCUCGUCCUGCUUCCCUUCUUUCACAACCUGAACCUCCAAAGAUGGCAGAAAAAGAGAAGACAAAAGGGCCUCAAAAUGAUUUCAAACUGUUUGAUGUUGCUACAGAAUCAACUCCUCAAAUACUUGAGAGCCUCGUUCCACCUUUCCCCCAGCCAGUAAACACAGAGGACGCCAUCAUUGAGGUGCUGAAGUACAGUCAGAAAGACAUGGAUGCAGCCAUUGCCAGGGUCCAGGCAGAAGCAAAGGUGAAAGAGGAUCAGUGGUGUGCAAAGUAUAACAAGUUACUUGGCGAUGGUCAAGAAAUGAGGAAAAUAAUUGCAGAAUUUGAGCUUGUUAUUGCUAAAAUGACAGAUGAUCAAGAGAAGGAGAGGGAGGUGGCUCAGACGAAGCUCAAGGAGGCUCUGCUGGAGAAGGAGCAAGUGUCCAGUGACCUGAACACCAUGGAGAGAUCUUUCUCUGAUCUUUUCAAAAGACUGGAGAAGUACAAGGAUGUGGUUGAGGGUUACAAAAAGAAUGAAGAGACUCUUAAAGGUUGUGCUCAGGACUACCUGGCAAGGAUCAAAAAGGAGGAGCAGCGCUACCAGACCCUCAAAGCCCACGCUGAGGAGAAAAUUGGCCAUGCGAACGAGGAAAUUGCUUCGGUGCGGUCAGGGUACAAGGCCGAGGUAUCUGCACUUCAAGCCCAGCUGCGCCGGGAGCAGCUGAAGGUGCAGUCACUGGAGAAGAGCCUGGACCAGAAGGAGAAAGAGGCUGAAGAGCUCACCAAACUUUGUGACGAACUCAUCACCAAAGUCCAGAAGGGUUGAGCUCAGUUGUAAAUACUGUUUUUGAUUUUCUUUAAUUGUUGGUGUCCAGAUUUUUUUGUGUGUAGUAUGUUGCGUUUGUCUUUUAUAAAUGUUCUUAUAAUACUGUAAAAAGGUUAAUAAAGAUAAUUUACUAGUUGUAGUGAA